AUGCCUAUUGCCCUGGCAGAUGCCUCCUUUCCAGCUUUUGCUGCUAAGGACAUUUUGGCUGGGAAGAGCCUUGGAGAACCAGUUUGCCGUUUUGUGGAGAAAACUGGGCACUACGGCGGGACCAUCCACUUCAAUGGCCGCCCCAGAGACAAGCUCUUCCAUAGGGUCACCGCCUAUGUCCCUCAGGAGGAUCAGAUGCCAAAGUACUUGACAGUCACAGAGGCCGUGGAGUUCAACGGCCAGCUGAAGUUCGAGCGUCCCUCGGAGGUGAGCCGCGCCAUGCGCCGCCAGUGGCUGCAGCGGCGCCUGGAGGUGCUGGGCCUCGAGAACGUCAAGGACACCUACAUCGGGGAUGGCACCUCCUUGCGUGGCAUCUCCGGCGGCCAGAAGCGGCGCCUCUCCUUGGCCAAGCGCUUGGCCUCAGGCGCCCAGGUCUUCUUUUGCGACGAGCCCACUUCGGGCUUGUCAGCCACAGAUGCAGAAAGCUGCAUCAGGUACAUGAAGCACACAGCAAGCUACUACAACGUCUUGGUACUUGUGGUGAUUCACCAGCCGCGGAUUGAAGUGGCGAACCUUUUUGACCAGCUCCUGCUGAUGACUUCCAACCCUGGGAGGAUAGUCUACAACGGCAGGAUGAAGGACCCGGCACGUGCCUAG